AUGCAAGAUCCAGAAAUCGCAUUUAUCUCCGGUCCCAUCAAUACUGGGCCACAAGAGGAGUACUUCAGCCAUUAUAUCCCACGCAUAGACCAGGCAAUCUCUCGUGGGGACAGCUUUGUUAUUGGCCCCAUCCCAACCGGAAUCGACGCAGAUGCCCUAUCUUAUCUCCUUGCAUACCCUAUACAAGCCACCCGAAUCACCAUAUGUGUGACCCCCGCCGAGGACGGUAUGUGGGGUGAUCGGUUUCGCGCAUCCGGAGUCAAUGUGCAGGUUGUGGAUGGUCAGAUGAGUCGCGAGCGGGACGCGAUCAUGACUAGCAUCAGUACCUAUGAUAUCCUACGCGUGCGCACCAAAGCAGAAGCAAGAGAAUUUUAUGGUUGCUUUUGGCGGGAUGGGCAUGUGACAAAUACAGAACGCAACUGGAAGCGUCGCAGGGGAAUUGCAGAGGAUGUGACUGUAGAUGCGAAGGAGAUAAAUCAAUCUAUGGGGAUGAUAUGCACGGAUGAAGAACCCGAUGCUCCUAGUCCAGGGUGUUUGAGUAUCCUUUCCAGAUUUUGGCGUUGA